AUGCGCUGGUAUAACGCCUUUAUAGACUUAAAUAUUACCAUAUACAUAGAAAUACAAAACUGGGUAGUCUUGACUAUCGAAUACUUUAUCAGCCAGGAAAAUAAAAUAACUAAUGAAAAUAUCCAGUCAGACGAUCCUUUUUUUGAUUUUGAGGAAGAAGAACAAGAGUCGGUGUCUUUAUUAAGUAAACUACCGGUACCUAAUAACAGCACAAUGGCUUCUAACUACCUAGUUAAAUUAGAAGUAUUAAAAUACCUAAACGACAGUAGAACUAAUUUAGACAUGCUAAACGAUUAUAGAUAUAUAAAGUUGGACGUGAAAGGAUGCAAACAGAACCUGUCGUCGAAUGUACCAACAAGAAACAGGAGUUCUUCGAACGCCUUCCAACUGGCGCCUUACGUUUCGCCAUCUCCUAGAGGUAUUCUGGAACGCAGAACCUCGCAGACAUUGGCCUCGAAUUUGAAAAUAGUUCGUUCGGUGUCUCGAGAAAGCGUUCGUUCCAUCCAUCACUGUACGUGCCCGUGUCUGAGUGCACCGGUAAGAGAGUCAAUUUUAUAG